GCGGCGGCAGCGGCGGCCCCGGGGGGCGCGCCCGGCAUGGAGGGCCCGGAGCUGGGCAGAUACUACGCGUAUCUUCAGCAAGCUCAAGCAUUUUACUCGUUUCCCUUCCAUCAGAUGAUGACUGCAGUGCCCAACAUGGAAAUGAUGACUGAGCAGCCGACUCUAGAGGGCAUUCCAGAGCCAAACGUUGCUCAGGAGCCUCCAAAAGAAGUUAAAAAAGGGGGAAGGAAAAGAAAAGCCAAAGCAACUGAGCCAAAGCAACCAAAAAAGCCUGCUGCUAAAAAAGAAAAACCAGCCAAGUCAAAAGGCAAACAAGAAAAGAUCACAGAUACUUUUAAAGUCAAAAGAAAAGUGGACCGUUUUAAUGGUGUAUCUGAAGCUGAACUUCUGACCAAGACUUUGCCUGAUAUUUUGACCUUUGAUUUGGACAUUGUGAUAAUUGGCAUAAACCCUGGCCUGAUGGCAGCUUACAAAGGACAUCAUUACCCAGGACCUGGAAACCAUUUUUGGAAGUGUCUGUUCAUGUCUGGUCUAAGUAAUGAACAGCUGAACCACAUGGACGACCACACCUUGCCACAUAAAUAUGGGAUUGGAUUUACCAACAUGGUUGAAAGGACAACACCUGGAAGCAAAGACCUCUCCAGCAAAGAGUUUCGGGAAGGAGGGCGAAUUCUGAUGCAGAAGCUACAGAAGUAUAAACCUCGCAUAGCAGCUUUUAAUGGAAAAUGUAUUUAUGAAAUUUUUAGUAAAGAAGUUUUUGGAAUUAAAGUUAAGAACCUGGAAUUUGGGCUGCAGCCACACAAAGUGCCAGAUACAGAAACUCUCUGCUAUGUUAUGCCAUCGUCAAGUGCAAGAUGUGCUCAGUUUCCUCGGGCACAAGAUAAAGUUCAUUACUACAUUAAGCUGAAGGACUUAAGGGAUCAACUGAAAGGCAUCGCACCCAACACAGAGGUCCAGGAGGUGCAGUACACAUUUGACUUGCAACUUGCACAAGAGGAUGCUAAAAAGAUGGCUGUCAAAGAAGAAAAGUAUGACCCAGGCUAUGAAGCAGCGUAUGGAGGAGCUUACUGUGACCGUGCACCAUAUGACACUGACCAGUGCAGCUUGUCUUCAAACGGAGCUGGAAGCAAUGCACAGUACUGCGAAGGGUCAUCCUUUGGUGAAGUUCCUAAUGGACAGUGGAUGACACAGUCCUUUGCAGACCAGAUUCCAGAGUUCAAUGCUGGCACACGGGAAGAGGAGGGAAGCAGCGUGUAGGAGCUGUUCCUUCUCGGCUAUGCACACGUGCUGCAGUUUUAAUGCAGUGAGCAAGACUGGUACCUCGGUUCUCCAACUGAAGCAUCUGAAUAGUAUUUUAUCUCCCCUAGUUAUUUUAUUAUAGUCCAAAGUAAAUGUGUGGUAGGCUGAAAUCAAUGAAUUAGCUAAUUUUAAGGAACAGUCCAAACUUUUUAAAAAAAGUUAGCCUUUUUUGUAUAUGAGUUUUAUAUUUAAUGUAUACCAUUUCUUGCAGUUUUUGACAAAUUGCUUUCUCAUUUGUGAAGAUUUCUUUGGGUUGUUAAUUUUAUUCUGUAAGUGGUAACGUGGUAGGAACAGCAGCAGUAUACUUCUUACUGAUGCCUCAAUAUUU